AUAUUCUUCCCCAUCUCUCAUCCUUGUUAAUUAGUUUGUUCCAUUUCUUGCUUCUUAAUUUCUUGAUCAUGUCACUUGCUGGUAAAAUCAGCAUUGAAAUUGGGGUGCAUGCAAGCGCUGCAAAGUGGUUCAACCUCUUUGCAACGCAACUCCAUCAUGUUCAAAACCUUACCGAAAGAGUGCAUGAAACCAAGCUACAUCAUGGUGAUGACUGGCAUCACAACGAAUCGAUCAAACACUGGACUUGUACCAUAGAUGGUAAGGUUACAACAUAUCACGAGAGUAUUGAAUCCGUUGAUGAACCUAACAAAACAAUCACUUACAAGAUCUUCGGUGAAGAUAUCGAUCACCAGUAUAAGGUCUUUAAGGUCAUCUUUCAAGCAAUUCAUAAGGAUCAUGGGGGUGCAUUCAUCAAAUGGACUAUUGAAUAUGAAAGGGUUGGUGAGGAAGUUGAUCUUCCAUUUGGCUUCAUCGAAUACCUCAACAAAGGGAGUAGAGAUGUUGAUGGUCAUCUUCUCAAGGCAUAGCUCCAAAAGUUAUGUAGAAAUUAAAUAAAAAAAAUAAAGAAAUAAUGGGCUGGGCUUGAGGAUAAAGUGCUUAUAUUUACUAUCGGUGUGAUGUUUGACGAGAAGGAUGCUUAUGUGUUGAUCCUUUCUUUUGUGUGGAAUAAACAUGGAUAUGUCUGUCCGUGAUGUCCUUGAAAUAUGUUAAAUUAUACCUUAAAGUGCUCAAUGUGAAGCGUAUAAAUGAAUAUUUAUGCUUAUUGUACAUA